AUGUCAGACUACAGUUUAAAUGAAAAGGCUGCUGAAGUCUCGACAGACUUUUUCAACAACUCCAAGACAGACGAUGCAAAUCUCAAGGAGUUUCUGGCUAACGAUGUUCAAGAAACCAUCUCCAUCACCCACCAGGGUGGUUCGUUGAAGAGAACUUUCUCCACCUAUUCUGUCAUCUGUAUUGGUUUUGGUUUGACCAACUCGUGGCUCGGUAUCUCCGCUUCUUUGAUCACUGGUAUUCAGUCGGGUGGUCCACUUAUGAUUAUCUACGGUAUUCUUAUUGUUGUUGUUAUCUCCUACUGUAUUGGUAUCACCUUGUCCGAGUUGUCUUCUGCUAUUCCAUCUGCUGGUGGCCAGUACGUGUGGUCCAGAGUGUUGGCUCCCAAGAAAUACUCCAGUUUCUUAGCUUACCUUUGUGGUUCUUUGGCUUGGGCUGGUUCUCUUUUCACCUCUGCCUCUAUGGCUCUCAGUAUCGCUCAGGAGUUGAUGGCUUUCUGGGUAUUGGCUCAUCCAGAUCAUGUUGUCCAUAAAUGGCAAUUGUUUGUCAUUUACCAGUUGAUCAACGCCUUCUUAGUAAUCUUCAACUGCUACGGGAAGUGGUUGCCAUACUUGGGUAACGGUGUUUUGUACGUUUCCAUUGUUUCUUAUAUAACUAUCACCAUCACUGUCUUGGUUUGCUCCAGAGGUAACUACCAAGAUGCCAGCUUUGUUUUCACCAAGUUCGACAACAACACUGGCUGGUCGUCUGCUGGUAUUGCCUUCAUUGUUGGUUUGAUCAACCCUAACUGGUCCUUUUCUUGUUUGGACUCGGCCUGUCAUUUGGCUGAAGAAACCACAAAGCCUAGAACAGAUAUCCCCAAGGCUAUUCUUUCCACUGUCACGAUUGGUUUUGUCACAGCUUUCACAUACUCGAUUGCCAUGUUCUUCUGCAUCAGAAACUUGCAAGAUAUCUUCGACAACAGUACCGGCUUGCCUAUCUUGGAUAUCUAUUACCAGGCCUUGGGCAACAAAGCUGGUGCUUUAACUCUUGGUGCCUUGGUCUUUGCUACUGCUUGUGGCUGUACCAUUUCUUGUCACACUUGGCAAACCCGUUUGUGUUGGUCUUUUGCUAGAGACAACGGUUUGCCUUUCUCCAAGUACUUGGCUAUCGUCGACCCCAAGUUGGGAGUUCCUUUGAAUGCCCACUUGUUCUCUUCUUUCCUUGUAGGUCUCUUAGGUUUGCUUUAUCUUGCCAGUGAUGCUGCCUUCAACUCCAUGGUCGUUGGUUGUAUCACAUUCUUGUUGUUGAGUUACUUGGUGCCUACAAUCUCCUUGUUGUACAGAGGUAGAGACAACAUCAAGCACGGACCUUUCUGGUUGGGCAAGUUCGGUAUGUUCUGUAACUACGUGACCAUCGCCUGGUCCAUCUUUGCCUGUAUCUUCUUCUCAUUCCCAUCGUUUAUGCCUGUUACAGCCAACACCAUGAACUAUGUCUCUGCCGUCAUUGCUGUCUACUUGAUCUGGGCUCUUGCCUACUGGUUCUUCCCCAUCAAGAGCUGGUCUUGCAGAGAAUACUUCGCUGGAGGUCUCCACAACAACGAAGAAGUCGAGUUCCCAGACGUCUGCUUGACCGACUUGUAA